UACACGGAAGCUUGCGGCGUCAGGUCCUAUCCGUCUCUUGUUUCAGGCAGUGGGCAACCCUAGGAAGACCUGCGCCCCUCAGUCAAGAACCCUAGUGCCCGCCAGAGGGUACCCGGUCAGAUUGAAGUCAUGGCCAUUCUUUUUGCUGUUGUUGCCAGGGGAACCACUAUCCUUGCCAAACAUGCUUGGUGUGGAGGAAACUUCCUGGAGGUGACAGAGCAGAUUCUGGCUAAGAUACCUUCUGAAAAUAAUAAACUAACUUACUCACAUGGCAAUUAUUUGUUUCAUUACAUCUGCCAAGACAGGAUUGUGUAUCUUUGUAUCACUGAUGAUGAUUUUGAACGUUCUCGAGCCUUCAGUUUUUUGAAUGAAGUAAAGAAGAGGUUCCAGACUACUUAUGGUUCAAGAGCACAGACUGCACUUCCAUAUGCCAUGAAUAGUGAGUUUUCGAGUGUAUUGGCUGCACAAUUGAAGCAUCACUCCGAUAGUAAGAGCCUAGACAGAGUGAUGGAGACUCAAGCACAAGUGGAUGAACUGAAAGGAAUAAUGGUCAGAAACAUAGAUUUGGUUGCUCAACGUGGAGAAAGGUUGGAAUUGCUGAUAGAUAAAACAGAAAACCUUGUGGAUUCAUCUGUCACUUUCAAAACUACCAGCAGAAAUCUUGCUCGAGCCAUGUGUAUGAAGAAUAUCAAGCUCACUAUCAUCAUCAUCAUUGUAUCAAUUGUGUUCAUCUAUAUCAUUGUGUCACCUCUCUGUGGUGGGUUUACAUGGCCAAGCUGUGUGAAGAAAUAAGAAAGAAAAAAUUACCAUUAACCAAGGAUAUGAGAGUGAAAGGAUAUAAAGGCAAUUCAUGUGACUAUGGCCUUUCACUACUCUCAGAAAAUGCCAAUUUCUUUAAUCUUCUUUUCUCUUUUUCUUGAUUUAAUCUUUGCCUAUCAUAUGUUUAUGUUAAUGAAUUUCACAUUGAAGUGCUAUUCACAGGAGAAAGGGCAUUUAUUUGUUUCUUUAGUUUGUUAAGUAGAACCUUCUACUUAGAAAGACAUUUUUGCUUUUAACAUACAAAGCUUUUGCCAAGGUGGAAACUGCCAAACUUAUGACCUGUCUGCUAAAACUGUCUAGGAACUUAGUAUGUUCAAAGUGCAGGGAAAUGGAUUGUAUUGCUAACAUCUCAUUGUAGUCUCUUUUGUUAUGGGAGAAUUAUAGGUGCUUCAAAAUAUUAAAUAGAGAAUUUUGGGAAUUGUAAUAAAUUGCUGGUGCUGCUUAUAUCCAGGAGCCCAUACAAGUAAUGUAGUUAACAUUGACUUUUUAUUUCAGUAAGGUGGGAAAUAUUUUGAUAGCCCAUUAGAAGCACAAGAAGUAUCCUUCUUUCUCCCAGCAUUUAUUUUCUGAAAUAAAGUUCAGUGCAUUAUUUAUUCAUACUGCACAUAGUUUAAUAUCUUCUGUUUAUCCAUUACUAAGGUGAAUUGAGAUUGAGGAUUAUGGGUUUUAAAUAUUCUUUUUUUCUUCUGUACAUAUUUGGGACAAACAUACUGUUAAUAAAAUUCAUAAUUGAA